AUGGGUGUCAUUAAUGUUGAUCCAGCUCUGAUGCCCAAUGCGGCUCAGAGACCAGCCAGUGAACGGGCUUUCAAUGGCAGCACGCCUUUCUUCCAGCCAGCUUCGGACAACAAUCCAAUAGACAUGAUCUCUCCAGAUCUCGUGUCUUUUCCGAAUACCAGCCCCAAUGCCGGCGCUGAGUUCAACCAUUCUAUGAUGGGAUUCGACGGGUUUCUGCCAGGUGAUUUCAAUUUCAUGCCCUACGACCCGGCCCCGAGAAUUGUUGGCGGUGUGGACUGGCUUAAUCUAGAUCUCGACUCCCCUGUAAACGGGGGUCUUCAAGCUCACUACCAGAAUGGAGCUACGAUGAAUUCAAUGUUCUUCCAACCAUCAAUUCCAAUCGAGCCACAAGACGCGUUGCAGAACAAAAACCAUCACCAAGCCUCAUCUGCACAAUUAAUGCCAAUCCGAAACCAAGAAUCCAAAGGCAUGUUGACCGAAUCGUCCGAGUCGCGAACCGCUACUCAUCAAUGGCCCUUUGACCACACGCGGAAUCCUGAAUCACAGCGAUACAGGCUUCCCCCUCUUCGGGAUAUUUUGCAAGGCACUGUUUCUUCGAGUGAAUCUAAUAACGGGACCACUAUCAAAAGCCUCAUCCAGUUGCUAUCGUCGCCAUACUUACCAGAGAAAGAUCUCUCUCACGACCCGAGCAUGAAAUCUGCCAUGGAGUUGCUGAAAAAUUCCCUGGAUUUGUACUUUGCCGAGUUCCACAAUAUUUUGCCUCUGGUACACGUCGCUACCUUUCAAAUGACCAAGGUUCCUACUGUCACAUUGGCGGCCAUGGCUUGUAUUGGAGCCAUGUACUCAGACGAUCAGCAUGGGACAGAACAGUCGUGGUCUUUGAGUGAGAUGUGUGGUCAGAUGAUUGCUUGGCUAGGCGUGGGAGAUAGCACUCGGUUUUACAAUUCACCCUAUCUCAUAGCUUGCUGUCUUCACCAGAUAUAUUCUCUUGGCUCCGGCAAUAUGAGGCUCUAUGCCAAUGCAGAUUGUUCAAGGGGCAUAUUGAUGGGUUGCCUCCGUGGGAUGGGUUUGUUAAAGUCUCGUAUCAGCACCGAGGUUGAGUGGGAGGACUUUAAAAGUCCACUACCCAACGAGAAUGCAACGACCGAGUGGCUGAGAUGGAAGGACCAGGAGCAAGAGAAGCGGAUUGCUUGGUCUUCUUUCGAAUAUGACUGCACUUUGUGCACGCUGACAUCGCGCCGAGGGGCUGCUGAUUUGCAGGAGCUUCCGGCCUUUUUGCCCUGCGCCGAGCCCUUGUGGGAUGCGAGGUCGCCUCAAGCUUGGGCGGCGCUUUAUUCUCGACUUACUCCAACUGCCCGGGGAGCAGCGACCGCCAAAGUGCUUCGUAACCUUCUGGCUGGCAAGGGUAUCCCCGAGGACCUGCCGGCAUGGGGCAAGAGGCUGUGCGCUCAGAGUAUUGGCCGACUUCUUUGGGACAUCAAGCAGCUGGAUAUCAUGGCGACGACUGAAUAUCUGAAGCUCCCUUCUCUAGCUGCGGCUCAGAGACAGACUAAAAGCACUCUACUCCAAGGACUCAAUGCGCUUUGCGAGUCCAUGUAUGCUCUGUCUUCUACAGCCGAUCUCAUCCAUUACAAUCUUACUGCGCUCAUCUGUCAUUACUCCCACUUGUAUAGCGCCGACGAAGCUAUGGACCUUAUUGUCCAUAUUUUCCGCUCUUCUGCUUCGCAGUCAAGAGAAUUAGAUCAGAGCCUUGUGUCGGCCAAGCGACGCCUUCGCUCAAUGCUUGUGAAAAAUCCCACAAAGGCUCGUAACCUGGCCUGGCAUGCUGCUCAGAUCAUUGCUGUGGCAAAUGAAUACCUGGUCUCUGCGCCUUGUGAGAUCAUGCGAACUUUUAUGGGUUACAUCUUCAUCCUUGCCUUCGCUAAAUUCGGGCCACAACCCUGCUCGGACCCCGGCUACGCUUCAUGCCCAGUCCGACUCGAUUUGCCGAAUCGGAUUGAGGGUCAAAGGACCGCAAUUGCAACCUGGAUCGAGAACGGAGGGCCCGCAAGCAUUGGUGCUGUCGAAAACAUCUACAGCACUGGCAGCCUCGAAGCAAUAAGCCAGGAAGCCCAAGCCAUGCUACGGAAAAUGCGGUUCUGGAAGCUAUCCAACAAAUUCAGCAGGAUACUUGAAAGCUUUGACUUUGAAUGUGAUUAG